CCUUUCCACUCUCUCUCUUUCUCUCUCUCUCUCUCUAGAUAUAUAUAGUCUAUGUAUAUUAGACAAAUAUAAAGGAAUCUCAAUAUCUACACGUCCUCCAACUAAAGCGAAACGCUCGCCAAUCUUCGUCGUUAAAUUCACUCCUCUCUUUCUCUGAGGCACACAAAGAGCUCAACCAACUCGUCUUCAAUGGCGUCUCUGCGAUUCUCAGCUCUAACCUUAACUCUAUUGCUGUUCUUUCUAAUCUCACCUUCACAUUCUCAAACCUGUACCUCGCAGAAAUUCACUAACAAUAAGCUCUACCAGUACUGCAACGACCUACCACAACUCAGCUCCUACCUCCACUGGACCUACGACUCCCAAAAGUCCACACUUUCCAUCGCCUUCGUCGCGCCUCCUGCCAAAUCCGACGGCUGGAUCGCCUGGGCCAUAAACCCUACCGGCACCGGAAUGGUGGGGGCUCAGUCGCUCAUCGCGUUCAAGCAAUCCAACGGUUCGAUGGGGGUGUUUACCUACAAUAUAAGCUCGUACCAAUCGAUUGUGGAGUCCAAGCUGUCGUUUGAUGUGACGGACAUGAGUGCCGAUUAUUCGGACGGCUUGAUGAGGAUUUUUGCGACGGUGGCGUUGCCGGGUGGGGCGGCGACGCCGGUGAACCAGGUGUGGCAGGUGGGGCCGUCUGUGGCCUCUAAUUUUCCGGCAAGGCAUGAGUUUCAGCCGGCGAAUCUGAAUUCGAAAGGAACCCUAGAUUUGUUGGGAGGACAGAGCACCGGUGGCACCGGAGGAGGAGACUCAAGGAUUAAGAGGAGAAAUAUUCAUGGAAUAUUGAAUGCUGUGAGUUGGGGAAUUAUGUUUCCGGUAGGAGCCAUGAUCGCGAGAUAUGUGAGAGCUUUCCCGUCUGCUGAUCCAGCAUGGUUUUAUCUUCAUGUUUCCUGCCAGUUUUCUGCCUAUGUAAUUGGUGUUGCUGGUUGGGGAACUGGACUUAAGCUCGGAAGUGAAUCAAAGGGGAUCCAAUACACUGAUCAUCGCAAUCUCGGGAUUGCACUCUUCGCUCUUGCAACUGUUCAGAUAUUUGCGUUGUUCUUGAGACCAAAGAAGGAUCACAAGUUUCGAUUUUACUGGAAUAUCUACCACCACGGUAUGGGAUACGCCAUCUUAGUCCUAGGCAUCAUCAACGUGUUUAAAGGACUAGGCAUCUUGGAUCCUGCACAGAAAUGGAAAUCGGCAUACAUAGUUGUGAUCAGUGUGUUAGGCGGGAUGGCUCUGUUGUUGGAAGCAAUCACUUGGAUUGUAGUUUUAAGGAGGAAGUCCAGCAAGUCCACGAAGCCGUACGACGGGUUCAACAAUGGACCAGGCAGGCAAGAGCCCCUUGCCCCGUGAAAGGAGUCUCUGGCUCGUGCAGAUUCUGUAUCAUUCCCUCCCCUUCUUCGGGCGUUUGAGAUGCCACUUCUUUUGUCUAUUUGAGAGGACUUGUUUUCCUUCCCUCCUUUGUUGUUCAUUUUUUGUAUAAUGGCUUGGUUACACACACUGUUCAUCUCUUUAGUAGUAGUAUAUAUAUAACAUCUAUAGGGAUCUAUCAGAAA